AUGUUGUCGAAGGGGAAGAAUAGAUUUACGAGUCUGACUGCUGUUUCUUUGAUCGGAUCGGUCGUUGCAGGGUUUCUUAUACUUCGCAUUCUUUUGCCCACUGUCUUACAAGUGGUGCCAGUAGUCUCCGGGACUUCAUACGCCAAUCGGUUCAGAAAUCUGCCGCAAGUCGAAUACUAUGACUUGAACAACUACCAGGGAAAACCUAAUGGGUGGCAGACGGGCGAUAGAGUGCUCUUCUGUGUUCCUUUGAGAGAUGCCGCAGCUCACUUGGACAUGUUCUUCGACACCAUGGACAAGUUGACAUACCCACAUAACCUUAUCGAUCUAUCAUUCCUAGUCAGUGACUCGAGUGAUGACACCAUGAGCGUGCUACUUUCUCACUUGAGAAAGGCACAGUCCAACCAGGACAAGACAAAACGUUUCGGAAACAUUGAGAUCUUCGAGAAAGAUUUCGGGCAGAGCGUGGGCCAAUCGUUCUCUGAUAGGCACGGGUUUGCCGCACAGGGACCCAGAAGAAAAUCUAUGGCCAAGGCAAGAAACUGGCUUGGAUCAGCAGCUUUGAAGCCCUACCACUCGUAUGUUUACUGGAGAGACGUCGACGUCCAAACGAUACCAAACACCAUCUUGGAGGACUUGAUGCAUCACGACAAAGAUGUUAUCGUGCCAAAUGUCUGGAGACCCUUACCAGACUGGCUAGGUAAUAUACAACCAUACGAUUUGAACUCUUGGGUGGAGUCAGAGGGUGGUUUGCAAUUGGCAGACUCAUUGGAUGAAGACGCGUGUAUCGUUGAGGGUUACCCAGAAUACGCUACAUGGAGAACUCACUUAGCGUACAUGAGAGAUCCAAGCGGUGACCCAGAAGUGGAAAUGGAACUUGAUGGUAUUGGUGGUGUCUCCAUUCUAUCGAAGGCCAAAGUGUUUAGAACAGGUUCCCACUUCCCCGCAUUCUCAUUCGAAAAACACGCAGAGACAGAGGCUUUCGGUAAACUAUCGCGUAGAAUGCAAUACAGCGUUGUUGGUCUACCACACUACGUGAUAUGGCAUAUUUACGAGCCUUCAAGCGAUGACUUGAAGCAUAUGGCAUGGAUGGCAGAAGAAGAAAAACGUCGUGUCGAAGAACAAAAGAUCCAAGAGUUCUACGCAAGAAUCUGGGAUAUCGGCUUCGACGACAUGAGAGAUGAGUGGGAACUCGAAAGACUUCAAAUCCUGAAGAACAUAGACCCUAACGUCCUAGAUAGAAAGAUUCAAGUGGACUGGUCCGAUGAUGAAGGAAAUGGAGCCGGUUCCAAUAACGACGGAAAUAACAAAGAUUCGCAUGAAGUUCCUUUAGAAUUCGACCCAUCCCAUUAA